UCUAUAUUGUCCCGCAUGUCGCAAGGAAGCAUGAUUUUCGUUCUGGUUCUUGCAAUUCUUGGUCUCAGCGUCGCUCAGGUUCCUGUUCCAUCUCACGUACCUGGUUUUGUCAUACAGAAUGGUUCGGAAUCAGCUCAUGUCGUGAUUGACGCGUUUUAUGACUUAUUGUGCCCUGAUUCUAAGGCCAACUGGCCGAUACUUCAGAAGGUUAUGGAUCAUUACAAAGAUGACGUCCGAGUUCGACUUGUUUUGUUCCCACUGCCUUACCAUCAUCACGCAUUCUUUACCGCCUUUGCUGCUCAAAUCUUUCUGACUCAUCAUUCGUCAGCCUACGAACAAUUCGUAUCAUUGAUAUUUGAACAUCAAGAUGAGCUUCUGAGUGGCGGAGUGAAUAUGACCCAAUCGGAAGUCCAACAACACAUUGCUUCUAUUGUCUCUUCUGGAGACAUUGGUGUCACAUCACAACAGAUGAUGAUGGGAUUCAAAGAUGAGAAUUUGGCCGAGAGAGCUGUUCUGGAGUGGAAGUAUUCGGCUGGCCGAACUAUUAAUGGGACACCUGAGUUUGCUGUCAAUGGAAUGGUUGUAGUAGAUGCUAGCAACUACUCAGAAUCUCAAUGGAUCAAAUUUAUUGAUGGUCUGCUGCACUCAUCAUCUCAUACAAUGAACAACAUGAUGAGCUAGACAUUCUGCUCACGACAUCGAACUGCUUGCUAAACUACGCAGUCAGUCUCCUAUUGAUAUAAAACGUCAUGAACAUGGUGUGACCGUCUAAUAUAAUAAACCUAAACGUUGCAUACACUUG